UGGGGAUAACAGAAUUUCACUUACUACAGCCCAAAGUCAAGGCACAGAUGACUCAAGCAUCAGCGAUAUAAACAAAAUCUUUCUACAAAUCUCCAAACUUGGUAUCAUUCAUUCCAUUCGGAUUGCCUUUUCCACGUCAUAAUGCUUUCCUCGCUGCUCCCCUCCGGCACCAGUACGCCGAACUUGGGCCGUCAUAGCCCUAGCCCUACCAACGCAUCCGAACCUCAAUCAACAGCACAGCCUGGACCUGUUGAACACACCCCCCCGACGCCCCACCGUCGCAAGCGAAUUGUGGUUGCUAUGACCGGAGCCACCGGCUCUAUCCUCGGAAUCAAGGUCCUCACUGCCCUCCGCCGACUCAACAUUGAAACCCACCUCGUCAUCAGCAAAUGGGCCGAAGCAACCAUCAAAUAUGAAACAGACUACCACCCCCGGAACGUCCGCGCGCUGUCGGAUUACGUCCACGGCAUAAAUGAUAUGGCGGCGCCUGUGUCUAGCGGCUCGUUUAAGGCGGAUGGCAUGAUCGUUGUCCCAUGCUCCAUGAAGACCCUCGCUGCUAUAAACUCUGGGUUCUGCGAGGACCUGAUCUCCCGCACUGCAGAUGUCAUGUUGAAGGAACGGAGAAAGUUAGUUCUCGUGGUGCGGGAGACGCCGCUUAGUGAUAUCCAUCUGCGCAACAUGCUCUCCGUAUCCCAGGCGGGCGCUAUUAUCUUCCCCCCUGUUCCGGCAUUCUAUAUCAAGGCCUCGUCUGUCGAUGAACUCGUCGAUCAGAGCGUUGGACGUAUGCUGGAUCUGUUCGACCUCGAUACCGCGGACUUUGCCAGGUGGGAAGGCUGGAAGAAGGAAACCUGAGCUAUGGCUUAGCAUACUUACCAUUCAUAACACAUGCAUAGAGGCGUUUUUGGAUGAAGCUACAGCUCGAAUUUACGCAAGACCAUAGGGAAAGUGGUCGGUUAUUGUAUAUGUUUAGCAUGGCGUACUUGCGUUAGAUUAUUGCCUCUUUUUGCUUCGAAGAAGUUAUUAAGGUUUUAGUUUCACAGCAUGAUAUUAUAUAUUUCUAAGAAUGUACCUCAAACCUAUAUCU